GAAGAACUUGGUAUUGUCGGUUAUACUAAUCAAGAAAUGGCAGAAGAAGCUGAUAAAAAUACGAGAGUUGGGGUAAAGAAAUUUUGGUUUACUGGUAAGAGACUACCAUUAUUUCCGAAUAUCUCUCUUCAACAAUUGCAUGAGAUUUUUGUCAAAAAAUCGGCUAGCGACAAUCAGUGCCCAUGUUUAGAAUCAAAAGUAAAACAAGGAAAAUUAUCACAGAUAUAUAUACAUCAUAGCAAAUAA